UGGAGCGGCCCCGGCAGCCGCAGCAGGGGCGGCGGCGGCGGAUCGAAGAGCUCUCCAGGUCGUCCCGGGAGAAGCUGCUGCAGUCCCGGGACAGGAUGUUCUCCAAGUUCACGUCCAUCCUGCAGCACGCCGUGGAGGCGCUUGCACCUUCUCUUCCUCUACAAGAAGAUUUUGUUUAUCACUGGAAGGCAAUUACUCAUUACUACAUAGAGACUUCAGAUGAUAAAGCUCCAGUGACAGAUACAAACAUUCCAUCUCAUCUGGAACAGAUGCUAGAUAUCUUGAUACAAGAAGAAAAUGAACUAGACUGUGGAGAGACUGGCCCUUGUAUGGAAUAUUUACUUCAUCACAAGAUCUUGGAAACACUGUACACAUUAGGGAAAGCUGAUUGUCCUCCAGGAAUGAAACAGCAGGUACUGGCUUUCUAUACCAAACUUUUAGGAAGAAUCCGACAGCCAUUACUUCCACAUAUUAAUGUACACAGACCAGUGCAGAAAUUAAUUAGACUUUGUGGUGAAGUACUUGCAACUCCAACUGAAAAUGAAGAAAUUCAGUUUCUCUGUAUAGUGUGUGCAAAAUUGAAACAAGAUCCCUACUUGGUCAAUUUUUUUCUUGAGAACAAGUUAAAAUCAUUGGCUUCCAAAGGAGAAUCAGAUUUAGCUACAGAGGAUACAUUAAAAGGACAAGAUUACUUAACAACAGCUACAAAGCAGGCCUGUCAGUCUGAGGACCUCUCUAGUGGUAUUGGAAUAGAGGCAACAGAAAUAGAAGACGAUCUUCCUCAUCAGCCAGAUGAUCUGUCCACAAGAUUGGAUCAGCUGAAUGUCACUUCAUUGCCUGAAGCUUCUGCUGCUCGUCCACAUCAGGAUUAUAAUUUAGUAAAUUCUUUGCUAAAUCUUACUAGAAGUCCAGAUGGUCGAAUAGCUGUGAAAGCAUGUGAAGGUCUGAUGUUGUUAGUAAGUUUGCCAGAGCCUGCAGCUGCCAAAUGCCUUACUCAGAGCACUUGUUUAUGUGAACUACUGACAGAUAGACUUGCUUCUCUCUAUAAGGCCUUACCUCAGUCAGUGGAUCCCUUAGAUAUUGAAACUGUGGAAGCAAUUAACUGGGGUUUGGAUUCAUAUAGUCACAAAGAAGAUGCAUCAGCUUUUCCAGGAAAACGAGCCUUGAUUUCCUUUCUCUCCUGGUUUGAUUAUUGUGAUCAGCUAAUUAAAGAAGCACAAAAGUCUGCUGCUGUUGCUCUGGCCAGAGCUGUUCGGGAAAGGUUUUUCAUUGGUGUUAUGGAACCACAAUUAAUGCAAACUUCGGAGAUGGGUAUUCUGACAUCUACUGCUUUGCUCCAUCGCAUUGUUCGGCAAGUAACUUCUGAUGUUUUACUUCAAGAAAUGGUUUCUUUUAUUCUUGGAGAGCAGAGGGAACCAGAAACAUUAGCAGAAAUUAACAGACAUCCACUUCGGCAUAGAUUAAUUGAGCACUGUGAUCAUAUAUCUGAUGAGAUUAGCAUUAUGACUUUAAGGAUGUUUGAACAUCUAUUACAAAAACCCAAUGAGCACAUUCUUUAUAACUUGGUUCUGAGAAAUCUUGAAGAAAGAAACUACACAGAAUAUAAACCUUUAUGCCCAGAAGAUAAAGAUGUGGUGGAGAAUGGAUUAAUAGCAGGAGCAGUGGAUUUGGAAGAAGAUCCAUUAUUUACUGAUCUUUCACCAGAAAACACUUUGUCAAAUCAAGAGUGGCUUAGUUCUUCACCACCUACUACUCCGGAACAUCCAAAAAAUGAUGGAAAAACUGAAGUCCAUAAAAUUGUAAAUAGUUUUCUCUGUCUAGUACCAGAUGAAGCAAAAUCAUCCUACCAGGUAGAGGGCACAGGUUAUGACACCUACCUCAGAGAUGCUCAUAGGCAAUUCCGGGACUAUUGUUCUAUCUGCUUAAGAUGGGAGUGGCCUGGCUCUCCAAAAGCAUUGGAAAAGUGCAAUUUAGAAGCAGCUUUCUUUGAGGGUCAUUUCUUGAAAGUUUUAUUUGACAGAAUGGGAAGGAUUCUUGAUCAGCCAUAUGAUGUAAAUUUACAAGUAACCUCAGUGUUAUCCAGACUUUCUCUGUUCCCUCAUCCUCAUAUACAUGAGUACCUUUUGGAUCCAUAUGUGAACUUGGCUUCUGGCUGUAGAUCACUUUUUUCUGUUAUUGUCAGGGUCGUUGGAGAUCUUAUGGUCCGAAUCCAGCGGAUUCCAGAUUUCACCCCCAAACUUCUGCUAGUCAGAAAACGACUACUUGGUUUGGAGCCUGAAGGUCCAGUGAUUGACCACAUGACAUUACUAGAAGGUGUGAUUGUAUUAGAAGAGUUCUGUAAAGAAUUGGCAGCAAUUGCAUUUGUAAAAUAUCAUACUUCAUCUACACCAUGAAGGACAUCUUUAUGGUAGCUUCCAUGUCACUCAGGCAAGAAAGGUUGAAGCCUUAAACUGGCCGGAACUGUGGAGGUCACAACUGAAUGGACAUUCUUGGUAACAGAUGUACAGUUUUUGACAUUGUCUUUUAUUGUAGUAGUUCUGUAUAUAAUUGCACGUCACUGAUCCCAGGAUGCAAUCAAAGGAACUUCAGGAAACAAACAUUUCUAAUGACUUUCUAAUGGCUGUAAAAAUUUCUGAUGUCAUAACUUUGACCUUAUUUUAUUUUAAUCUUAUUUUGGAUAAUGAGGCUUUAUGACACUCUGAAGCUCAAUACAAAUGUUCUUUUUGAUUGAUAUGUAGCAAAGAAAAUCAUUGGUUUUUGUAACUUUUGGAUGCCAGAAUUCUUAUCAAGCAAAGCAUGAAAGGAAAAUGGAAAUCAGAUAAUGAAAAACAUGCAUUAAAAAAUAUUUAUUCACUACCUAAAAAAAGGUAAGGAAAAGUAGAAGGUGAUAACCGAAGAUAAGAAUUUUUAGAACAAAUUAGCUUCCUUCAGUCUUUUAUAAGAAAAAGGAUAAUUUAGUAUAAUGAAGAAAUUCUUAAUUCAUGUACUGGGUAUUUAAUCAAUUACGUAUUUUUCAAAAUGUUAUUUUAAUCUUGUUUAGCAAUAUUAAGAAUUGAUUUCAUAUGCUGUUUUCAGUUUAUUUAAAGUAUCAUAUUUGCCACUGUGUUUGCUAAAACAGUAUUUUUUUAAGAAGCUUAUUUAACACAAAUUGGGUUUAGAACAUUUUGUGCCUUGGCAAUGUGUUUUGUGAUUUUAUUAUCCUGUUGAAUUUCAUGGUAGUUUCUAGGCAAAGAACUGACUGAUACCACUUUAAUAAGCAGCAGUCUGAAUGCCAACAUUCUCAAUGUUUACAUUUUUCUUUAUUGAAGUCUUUGUUAUAUAGGGUUCUAAAGGGAAAAAAAAAAUCAUAGUCUUUCAAUGUCCUGCUUAUAUGUCAAAGGAUUUUGGUAAAUUGCUAGGGUGUCUGUGUGCGUGUGUGCGUGCGUGUGUGUGUGCGCGCGUGUGUGUAAAAUGGGUGCUUAAAGGGGAAUAUUGGGUAACUUAUCUUUGGGGUGAGUGGACAAAGCAGUGUGUGUUGCUGUCACUUGGUCUUUUUAAUUUAAAUGAUUAUUAGUACUCAGAUCAGUUCUUCUAAGUUUGUUUAGGAAUUUUUUUGUUAAAUUUUUAAAGUUAAGCAGCUGCACUUUCUUUUUCUUUAUUACCAGUCCACUUAAAAAUGUUUGGGGGAAAAACGUUAAUUUUAUAAUCAUGUAAAGGGAAUCUGUCACUGCCUCUUUGAGAAGGUCUAUAUACACUUAGCAUAUAUUUGCAUGUCUGAAAACUGCACUGCCUGUGUAUAGGACCAAAUUAUAAAUCUUUGUGUAUUUAAGGCAUUUGCUUUGAUUUCAUUUGUCUGUUCUCUUAUGUUUCAUAAAGCUUUUUUUCAUUGUUAGAUAAGAACAAGAUUUUAAGCAGUUAUGAAUAUUCUUAACAGUAGAUUUACCACCUUUUAAGACAGUAUAUUUUUAAGUAAUUUAAAUCAAAUCUGUAAUGAUAUUCCAAAUUUGCAAAGUAAAAUAACAACAAAAAAAAUCAAAUUUCUAAACUGCAGGUGUUAACGUGUAGUUUUCUUUAAAAGAUUUUGAUAAUGGAGUUUCAUUCAGUCAGCUAUUGUUAUCAGUCAGUUCAUGCAAAGAGUACUGCAUUCUUAUAUUGUAGAAAUUGUUUACUUAAUUUGAAUUACUUAAAAUUUAAUGCAUUGAGGUAAAUUUUGCUUAUUAAUAUUUUCUUAUGUUGAUAUAUAAUUGUUUAAUGCUUAAGAUUUGACUGAUGCUUUUACCUCUCAACCAAAUACUAUUCAUUUCUCACUCUCAGAUAUGGGUGUUUGAGCUCAUCCACAAAAUCAAGCUAAGAGCUUUAGAACUUGUUUUUGUAAAGGGUGCUGCUUAUGAAACCAUAGUUAUUAAUACAGUGACUUCCAAAUAAGUUAAAAUUAAGAUGAACUUUGUUUUUAUUUUUUAUUUCAAAUUUUCACAUGCACUUUUCGUUGUUUAGGAAGAUAGGAAAAAUCACUCAGUGUUGGAUCUGAAUUUGUCAGUGGAAAGUUGCAAUAAAUAGCUAGUUUUAUUGUUAUUCUGUUGAUAGGGCUCUAUAUUUCCUAUCAGUGAACAUUUAAAUAAAAGAUUGUUAAUAGCUAGUGUUGGACUAAAAAACACCACUGAGAUGAUCACCUUAAGGAGAUCCCUAAUUGAAUUUUAGCUUUGCUGCGUAUUUGUGUAAAUAGGAGUGCACAUUUAAAAAAAAAUUCUUUACCAGGGCAGUUGCUGUUUUCAAAUCCUAUUGAAGUUUUCAUAAUGAGCAUCAGUCUUAGCCUAUUAUCAUUACAGUGCUCAUAUUGUGACUAUUUCUCAUAAUAUAACUGUGCAAUAUGGGAGCUGUGAGUUAAAACACAGCUUUUCAGUCUGGUUGUAUAUUACUUUAUGUAUAUAUAAGGACCAAAAUCCUUAGCUUGCUUACACUGUUGCUAGUGUAAAAAUUGUUACACCUAAUUUUACAGGGCACAAAUUACUUCAUAAAUUGGUAAAUUUUUCCAUGAAUUAUUGUACAAAUAUAAAAUUACCAUUUAAUUAUGAAGUUCAUAGACAUUGAUAGAAUAAACCGUGAAAUGCUAACUCACAAAUUACAUGGUGUUUGUAUUUUGGGUUGUACAAUAAAUCCAGAUAUCUAUGCCAGGGUAAUAUAAUCCAGCGCUUUAACACACAAUUGAUAAUCAUUUCAGGCCCUGUAAAAUAGUGUUACUGUAAACUCUUUGUUUGCCUCUUGCCUUGUUUACAUUAAACAGGAUAUUCAGUAAAUUUUUUCUAUUGAACUUUGUAUAAAUUGCUGACUCAACAGUGUUACCAUGGUUUGUCAGUCAUGGAACUAUCCCAAAAAGUUAUUGGAGUACAUACUUUUACUUUUACAAAGAAGAUUGUGAUAAAGUUCAACUCUGUGCUAACCAAUGCAUGCAGGACUAAGAGGGAUAAUCUAAAAAUAAAUUAAUUUAAUUUAAA